AUGGUGUUUGCUAAAGAAGAUGUUAAUUAUUCAUUAUAUCUGGUGACCGAUUCGACCAUGCUUCCACCCGGGACGACCUUGUGUUCUCAGGUAGAAGCUGGCUUGAAGAAUGGUGUGACGCUAGUUCAAAUCCGCGAGAAGGAUACUGAGACAGGGAGUUUCAUUGAGGAGGCUUUGGACGUUCAAAAGAUAUGUAAGAAAUACAAUGUUCCCUUAAUUAUCAAUGAUCGUAUAGAUGUUGCCAUGGCAAUUGAUGCCGAUGGUGUGCACGUAGGCCAGCAAGACAUGCCAAUCCCAAUGGUUAGAAAACUUUUAGGCCCUUCCAAGAUAAUUGGUUGGAGUGUCGGAAAGCCCUCUGAGGUAGAGACAUUGGCUAAAUGGGGGCCAGAUAUGGUAGAUUAUAUUGGUGUUGGUACUCUCUUCCCAACUUUGACAAAGAAAAACCCCAAGAAGUCCCCAAUGGGACCUCAAGGAGCAAUCGCUGUUUUGGAUGCCUUGGAGGAAUAUAAGGCUUCAUGGUGUAGAACUGUUGGCAUUGGUGGCCUUCACCCUGACAAUAUCCAACGUGUUAUUAGCCAAUGUGUUGCCACUAAUGGGAAGAGAUCAUUGGAUGGUAUCUCGCUGGUUAGUGAUAUCAUGGCUGCGCCUGAUGCUUGUGCGGCUACUGUAAGAUUGAGAGAGAUGAUAGACAGGACUAAGUACCAAUUCGUUGAUUGCGAAUUAAACGAAUCAUUUCCUACCGCAGUUUCUAUUAAAAAUGUCAUCUCUCAAGUCUCAAGCAACCGCCCACUGGUGCAGCACGUCACCAACAAGGUACAUCAAAACUUUGGUGCCAACGUCACUCUAGCUCUAGGCUCAUCUCCAAUUAUGUCUGAAAUCCAAAGCGAAGUAUCUGAAUUAGCAAGAAUUCCAAAUGCUUCUCUACUAUUAAACACUGGAUCAGUGGCUCCCAUAGAAAUGUUGAAGGCAGCAAUCAAUGCUUAUAAUGAAGUAAACAGACCUAUAACCUUUGAUCCAGUUGGAUACAGUGCCACUGAAACAAGACUCUGCUUAAAUAACACUCUGCUUACUUAUGGCCAGUUUGCCUGUAUUAAGGGAAAUAGCAGUGAAAUACUAUCCCUGGCCAAACUAAACAAUGAUAAAAUGAAAGGUGUUGACGCCGGCAGUGGGAAAAACGAUGAUGCAUUACUCGCACGCGCGACUCAAAUCGUGGCAUUCAAAUACAAGACUAUUGCUGUCUGCACUGGUGAACAUGAUUUUAUUGCUGAUGGUACUUUUGGGGGUGAAUGCAAGCUUUCUUCAGGUACAGCAGGGGUUACUGCUGAAGGUCUCCCAUGUGUAAUGAUUGAAAAUGGUUCGAUCCCCAUUAUGGGUGAUAUAACCGCAAGUGGAUGCUCACUUGGUUCUACCAUUGCUUCUUUCGUUGGUGGGUUAGAUCCUACCGGAAAUCUGUUUGAUGCAGUCGUCGGUGCUGUUCUAUUGUACAAGACAGCUGGUAAACUAGCUUCUACUCGUUGCCAAGGAAGUGGUUCGUUCCACGUUCAGUUGAUUGACGCAUUGUACCAAUUAUUCCACGAAAACAAACCAGAAAAAUGGUCUGCUUCUUUAAAGAAAUUCAAUUAA